AUGCUACGACACGCUUUUCUGAUCACACUCUGCAUCGUCGCCCUUUUGUGCGUUGUCGAGGCACAAUGGGGACGUGGAUAUUACGGAGGAUAUGGACGACCAAGGUACGGCGGUUGGGGUCGCCCGUACGGCGGAUAUGGAUAUGGUCGCCCCUACGGCUACGGAUACGGUCGACCGUAUGGCGGUUAUGGGCGCAGAUAUUACGGAUAG